CGAAGACGUUCAGCGCCUUUGUACUUGGAGCUGACAUGCUGGUAGACAUCAACCUUUCGUUUCUUAAGCUCUUGGGCAAAUUCUUAGCUAGAGGUCUCACUUGUUGUCUAUUCUUCACCUUCAAUUUUUGGAACUUCGCGAACAAAUCGUCGAAUAUCUGUUUGUAUAGCACUGGACGAAGACUCAUCCGGCCCUUGUUGUAUAUCAUGGUAAAGGGGAAGCACUGGUUCGUUCAGCUUCCCCAAGCUUAAGCUUCUUGGUAAACUCUUUAAAAAAUUGUUCCAUUUCAGUUCUAGUGUAGAUUUGCUCAUUAUUAUUCAAAAGGAUACUUUGUACCACGAUGCGCGGCUUUAAGAACGAUUUUUUUAUAGGUGCUCACAAUAAUUUGCUCUUGGUACUGUCCGUUUCAUUAAGCCAACCCAACAUCAGUAGCAAUGGCAACAAACCGCUCAACAAGAGGAUCUUGCAAGAGUUGUUGUUGGCUUUUUGAUGGAUGAGGAACACCAGCCGCUUGAUCCAGACACGAACGAUGAAGGGUCCAGCAUGCGACACCUCGAUAUCAACAAGAUCACUCAUUUUACAUUAAAGGAUCUCAUCUUUAGUCGACUCCAAUCCAACUCGCAGACAGCAGUCAUUGCGACAUUGAAACUACUAAAGACGCUCGUGAUGAACCAUUGUCGAUACGCUCUUCGUCUACUCUCUGUCGACCCUGAUAUCAACAAAAAGGCGACGACUGUCUCUCAUCACCUACGUGAGGUCGAAUUGUAUUUUUCACUUAUCAUCGCCAUCGACUCGACACACGCCAAGGACAUCCUCUCGUCUGGGUAUGAAGGCUACCUUCGUGAUAUUGAAGCCAUCAUCGACAACGACGGAUGCUAUCAUCAUCUAAAACCUUACAACGACCGUUCUCGAUCGGGCGUAAAGGAAACGCCUAAGACCAAACGACGAAGAAGUUUCAAGUAUGGACAGCGCUACGAAGAUCUCAAGAAGGAAGAGGAUGAGCGAAAACGACAGGCAAGAGCUGCCAAACCACUCUUUAGACAUCGUAUUCGUCCUUCAGAUCAACUUCUGCAGAUCCUUCUAAGCCUUCUCAGUCACUUCUUCACGCAGUCGGCAGAACUCAAUCUCGCACUGACAGGCGUCAUCACCGCACUCGCUCUUUGUCCCUAUCGUAGUCUGGAAGGAUGGAUUGCGUUUAGCGAAAGCGACCAGACCAGUCCGGAUGAUGUCUUGAUCCUGAACCCAAACGGACAGGCUACGGCCAGUCAACCCAAGAUCCGCAGCCAAGAUAUUUAUGCUCACUUUGAGGCGACAGCACCUGUGGACGAGGAUGACGAAGAGGAUGAUCGAAGCAUUGAUUUUGGUGCAGAAAGAGAAUCUGCCAAGGUGACACGACCUACCUUUUUCAAAUCGUAUCCCCCUUUCUUUACCCUCUUGCGCACCCUGACACAGCAAAUAGACUAUUACCGAUCAGAGAUACCAGCCUUUGAUGCCCUAUUGGAAGAGCGCCGUAAUGCGUUGAUCACGGGAGAAGUGUCUUUUAUAGACCGAAAGCUCAUGUCUCCAUCCAGUUCGACAACAACAAACGUGUCGCGCAGUAACCAUGUAUCAACUCAAUUCAACCGACGACCUUCUGUGCUGCGACCGACCUCGACCGAGACACCAGCACUUAGUCCCUCUUCAUCUUCAUCCACUAUGGUCGGCUCUCGUCUCGGUCAUGGAUCACAAAUCAAUAUGACAGCAGUGAUGAAUAAUCCGAUGUCGCCAUUGGCUCUUCACAUACGAAAAACAACCUCUGUGCGCAUCCAGCCUCUGUUUCCUUCCCAUUUUGUAGAUGAACGAGAAGAGCCAAUCUUGGAUCUUGACGAUGAAGAUGAACAUACGUUUGCGCCCAAGGCAGGCAUUGAUCCUUCCAAGGCAAAGAAACGACACGAUAAGAGCACAGAGAUCACCUUAUCUAUGCUUUUGAAUAAUGUGGUCAUCCUUGAAGAAAGUAUAAAGGAGCUUGUUGCUCUCAUGCAGGUCAGGCGUAGUUUGGGCAUUGAUGAAGUUACCUAUGUUUAAAGUGUAAAGAGUGUAUUGUAUAAUAAAUAGUGUGAUCAUGGGAUGUUGUCAACUUUUUGUGUUUGUGAAUUGACCCUGCAGGAUUGUUUAAAUGUUAAGCACAGUAACAUAUGACCUCAAAGGAGUAUUGUGUUCAAAUGCACUAUGUAAACCCUUAAAUAAAGCGUGUGUCUAUGUUUAUCCGAUAUUCAAAUAUAAAUAGCACUGCAGUCGGUUUAGUAUAUAGACUAUAUACACGUGUAUUGCUGCCACUUGUUG